CUUAAACUCUACACUCCGCGCAUGCGCACCACAUUUCUGGCCUUCCAAGGCGAGCGGGAGGAUGGUGGGGGCCGGGCCGGCGCGGGGCCCCGUGGCCUUGCACGAGCUGCUGCUGGGCGGCAAAGGCGGGGCGGCCUCCUCCUCCUCCAGCGCGGGUGAAGUGGCCCCGGGUGGAGUGGCCCCGGCGAGCCCCGCCGCCAGGGACGAGGAGGAGGUGUGCGUGGUGGGCGUCUUCGGCAAGACCGCCUUGCAGCUCAGCUCCGAGAAGGCCGCUCUGGUCAACACCGUGUGUGACAAGCAGAUCUUCCCGCUCUUCCAGAGGGAGAGCCAGGCCCAGCCUCCCCCGCAAGGGACAGGCCUUGGGGGGGAGGCUGGGGCAGAGCCAGGGCCCCCUUCCUCCUCCUCCUCUUCCUCUUCUUCCUCCUCUUCUUCCUUCUCUACUUCCUCUUCCUCCUCGCAGGGCGACUACAACCUCCUCCAGGCCUACUACAGCCAGGACUGCAAGGUGCUCUACGUGGUGCUGACUUCCAUCUGCGACAGCCACCAGCUCCUCCGCGCCUGCAAGGACCUGGAGGCCAUGGCGGAGGCUCGGGGGGCCCACCCGCUGCCCCACGCCGAGGCCCACGACUUCUGGAAGCACCAGGAGAAGCUGCACUGCCUCAGCCUGCUCUACCUCUUCUCCGUCUGCCACAUCCUCCUCAUGGUGCACCCCACCUGCUCCUUCGACAUCACCUACGACCGCGUCUUCCGCGCCCUGGACGGCCUGCGGCAGAAGGUGCUCCCCUCCCUCAAGGCCGCCAUCAAGGACUGCCCCGUCGGCAAGGACUGGAAGCUCAACUGCCGGCCUUGCCCGCCCCGGCUCCUCUUCCUUUUCCAACUCAACGGGGCCCUCAAGGUGGAGCCGCCGGCGGAGACGCGGGGCCACCCGGAGAAGCCCCCACCCAAGAAGCACUCCCCCAAACGGCGCCUCCAGCACGCCUUGGAGGACCAGAUCUACCGCAUCUUCCGCAAGAGCCGGGUGCUGACCAACCAGAGCAUCAACUGCCUCUUCACUGUCCCGGCCAACCAAGCCUUCGUCUACAUCGUGGCCGGCGGGGCCCAAGAAGGGGACGACCCCAUCGCGGUGUUGCUGGACCAGCUGAGGAGCAACUGCACCACCCGGGAGAGCGAGUCCUCCUCCUUGACGCCGGCCGGUCCCAGGAGGUACCACAUGAUGAGGCACGGGAGGCAGCCGCUGUCCUUCCACGUCGAGAGCAGCAGCAGCAGCAACAGCUCCUCCGGACAGCUGGUGGACUGCACCUUGAAAGAGUUUCUCUUCCAACACGUGGAGCUCGUCCUCGGCAAGAAAGGCUUCGACGACAGCGUGGGGAGGAACCCCCAGCCAUCCCACUUUGAGCUGCCCACCUACCAGAAGUGGGCAGCCACAGCGCUGAAGCUGUACGAAGUGGCCAUCGAAGGCAAAGACAGUGGCGACGCUUCAUCUCUCACUGGGGAGCUGACUUCCAAGAUCAUGGGGAGCAUCAAAGUCUUGGAAGGAUACCUCGACAUUGACACCAAGUUCUCUGAGAACCGGUGCCAGAAGGCUCUCCCGAUGGCCCACAGCGCCUACCAAUCCAACCUGCCUCACAACUAUACCAUGACGGUCCACAAGAACCAGCUGGCACAGGCCUUGCGGGUGUACAGCCAACAUGCCCGGGGUCCGGCUUUCCACAAGUAUGCCCUCCAACUGCAUGAAGAUUGCUACAAGUUUUGGAGUAACGGGCACCAGUUGUGUGAAGAAAGGAGCCUAACGGAUCAACACUGUGUACAUAAGUUUCACUUGUUGCCCAAAUCAGGAGAGAAACCUGAGCCUGAUAGGAACCCUCCAGUGUUGUAUCACAACAGCCGGGCUCGCUCCACUGGCGCCUGCAACUGUGGGAGGAAGCAAGCACCCCGGGACGACCCUUUCGACAUCAAAGCAGCAAAUUAUGAUUUCUACCAGCUCUUGGAAGAGAAAUGCUGUGGGAAACUGGACCACGUCAAUUUUCCCAUCUUCCAGCCAAGCACGCCGGAUCCAGCUCCAGCCAAGAACGAGGCAUCACCCAGCCCUCCUGAAGGGGAAGCUGAGAAGCUAAAGGAAAAGGAGCCACAGACUCAAGGGGAAAGCACCAGUCUGAGCUUAGCUCUCAGUUUGGGUCAGUCCACAGAUAGUUUGGGGACCUAUCCUGCUGACCCACAAGGAGGAGGGAACAAUACAGAAGCUCAUGGGCAAGCAGCAGAAUCCAAAGGGGAGAAGCGACCGAGCUUGGUGGACCGUCAGGCCUCUACGGUCGAGUAUCUGCCUGGGAUGCUUCACUCCAACUGCCCCAAGGGCCUUCUGCCCAAGUUUUCCAGUUGGUCCCUGGUGAAACUUGGCCCCGCCAAGGCCUACAACUUCCACUCCGGCCUAGACCAACAAGGCUUCAUUCUAGGGACAAACUACUUAAUGCCUUGGGACAUUGUCAUCCGGACGCGGACUGAAGAGGAAGGGGACCUGGAUACGAAUUCCUGGCCGGCUCCCAACAAGGCUGUCCCAGGGAAAAGGAGCUCGGUCGUCAUGGGACGAGGGGGGCGGCGGCGGGACGACGUGGCUCGGGCUUUUGUGGGGUUUGAGUACGAGGAUGCCCGUGGCCGGAGGUUCAUGUGUUCGGGACCCGAGAAGAUCAUGAAGGUGAUGGGAGGAGGGCCAAAGGAAUCCGCCAUCAAAGCUCUCAAUUCCGACAUGCCGCUGUAUAUCCUGUCGUCGAAUCCUGGACGAGGGCUGAAGCCACACUAUGCUCAGCUGAUGAGGCUCUUUGUGGUUGUUCCUGAUGCUCCGCUCCAGAUCACACUUACACCGCAGGUCCAACCAGGGCCACCUCCUUGCCCUGUUUUCUAUCCUGAAAAACAAGAAAUCACUCUUCCGCCUGAUGGAUUGUGGGUCCUCCGAUUUCCUUACGCUUACGUCACUGAACGUGGGCCUUGCUUCCCUCCAAAAGAAAACCAGCAGCUGAUGAGUUACAAAGUCAUGCGGGGAAUACUCAAGGCCGUCAUACAAUAGGACUUGUUGGUCUUCGCAGCUUGGAUUGGCAUGGAAAUAUUUUCUUUUCUCUCCUCCCCUCCCCUCAAUUUGAAUGAUGGGUUUUGAUUAAUAAUAAUAGCUGGGAUUUUGACAGCAAUCACUGUUUUGAUAUUUUUGAAUUCAAUGCUCUUAAAGAACUUUUUGUUACUUACCGAAGCAAUGUACGUGUGCCAAGUAGCUAUCCAAGAGACUGGAAUUGUGGGAAUAUUCUGUAGAGAUAUCAAUUAAGUUCUGCCUUGCAAAGAUUUGUGCACUGAAAUGAAGAAAAGAGAAAUAAAAACACGACAAAAACAC